UUUCAUGAAAGGGAAUGCACAUGCGCAUAGGGGUCCUGGGAAGCGCUUAAAUACCGUCAUGCGGACGCACACGACCUCUUUCCCUGCCGCCGCCGAGUCGCGCGGAGGCGGAGGCGACGGUGCAGUCAAGAUUCGGCUACACUCGUAAUCCACCGCCAUGGCCGAGGAAGGCAUUGCUGCUGGAGGUGUAAUGGACGUUAAUACUGCUUUACAAGAGGUGCUGAAGACCGCCCUCAUCCACGACGGCCUAGCACGUGGAAUUCGCGAAGCUGCCAAAGCCUUAGACAAGCGCCAAGCCCAUCUUUGUGUGCUUGCAUCCAACUGUGAUGAACCCAUGUAUGUCAAGCUGGUGGAGGCCCUUUGUGCUGAACACCAAAUCAACCUAAUCAAGGUUGAUGACAACAAGAAACUAGGGGAGUGGGUAGGCCUCUGUAAAAUUGACAGAGAGGGGAAACCCCGUAAAGUGGUUGGUUGCAGUUGUGUGGUGGUUAAGGACUAUGGCAAAGAGUCUCAGGCGAAGGAUGUCAUUGAGGAAUACUUCAAAUGCAAGAAAUGAACAAAUAAAUUUAGUUUUUGUUCCACA